GGGAGAGACCCAGCCCGUGGAAAAGUUUCGAUCAACGGCCUCUAAAAGGAUCGGUUGAAUUCGAGAGCUCACUUUCCAAUCAGCCAUAAGAUUGCUUCUGUUCAGAGCAACCUACAAAGGAACCACGCAACCGAACCAAACCGAGCAACCAACAGCCAUAGCAGCCGCCAACAUGCCGAAGAUUGAAAAUCCAGAUGAGAGUUCUACCAGCACCAGCUCAACAAAUGCCAGAACCAAUGCUGCUCGGGGCAGCAGCUCCAAUGGGACCUAUACUGAUUCUCGCAUAAAUGCAUGGGUCACCAUGAUGGUUCUUUCUAUGGUGGCAUUGAUUGUCAUUGAAGCUGACAUGGACCACAAGCAUCCAGACUUUCAAGAACAGUGGAGUCUCUCCAUGUCAGCAAUAUCAAUGGGUUUGGGAUUUUUUGCUGUUAUGGGACAUGCUGUUGGGCCCCUCCGAAACAAGUUUGCAUCGUCCAUGAUUGAAUUGGUCAUGGCCUUGAUUUGUGUUGUUGCUUGGAGCAGUGUUCUACCAAUGCUCACUGAUCCAGAUGAUGGCCUUGCUGUCAAUCACAACUUUCAAAUGGCUGAUGCCAAUCUUUACUUUGCCAGCUGGGGUUCGUUUAUCGUUGCUCUUGUCCUUUUGGUUGGUGUUGGCAAGGAACGUGGAGCCAGUGUGGGAAAGCACGAUGUCUUUGCCCAACGUUGGUUGUGGCUCAUUGUGUCAAGUUUGGUGGUCAUGGGAGCAACCUCUCGCAUGUUUGGUCAGGUUUGCGCAGAAGACGAGAAGGAAGAUGACCAGCGAGGAAACGACAAGCUUCGAUUCUUGCGCAAAGUUGAUUCUUGCACUGAACUCAAAGUUGGCAUUGCCCUCAGUGUUGUAUCAGCUGUCAUUGGCCUUCUCAUGGUGAUUCUGAUGCGGUUCACACCUGCCAGGAUCCCCAUUCAAAAGCUGGGAGCUUUCUUGUGUUUGUGCAUGAUGGCAAUCUGGGGUGUAAUGGUUUCCUACAUGACAUUUGAUGGUGGACCAGCUACAAGUGUGGGCAAUCUCUAUUUUGGUGUUUGGAUUAGUGGCAUUCUAUCGCUGGAUUUGGGAGUUUGCUAUGCAAUGUCCUUUCUGUAGUCAGGAAUGGGAAAAGGCAGCAGCCAUCCCAAGCACAGCCCCAUGCCACACAAGCAAACCAACAGAAGGCUUCCGUACAAGAACUGCAUGACUCUCCUCUCCUCUAAAGACAAAUCUUUAUAAUUCACAAUACUUCUAGAUAGAUGCAGUCUUGCUAUGGUAG